CUUCGUGUGUGUACAAUUUGUAUGUUGUUGUGCAGAUUCACUAUUCGCAGUAUUCGCACUGAUCGCAGUUUGCAGUUUUAUUGCGCAUAAAUAAAAAUUACAUGGUACCAUUUUAUGUUGGAUAAGUCGAUUGCUAUAACUUUAAUUGUGCGUAAACAAAAUCGUUCAAGUGCGAUAAACACCAUUAAACGAAAAAUGAUUGUGUAGUUACAAUUGUAAAUUAAAUUAUACGUUCUACAAUAGCUAUAGCAGGCUAAAUUUUUUGCCAACUACCUCCAUAACAAGUGGCUGAAGUAAUGGGUGGAGUUAAUAGUGUAUCAAACGUUAAUAUGAGUUAUCUAUUACUCACCUUGGUUCGAUAUUUUUUGCAACUUUGAAAAACUACUUUUACACGGCAUUCAAGUGAAUGGCUCAUACAAUUAUUAUUUACCUCCGUCAUUUCAAUUAAAUGGUCGCAACGUCAUUUUUUUGAGGUAGCUUCUCGUGUCGAAGCCCACUAAAUUCAGGAUCUGUCUCAUUGCAGAUUAGUGUCUGGUGCUGAAUAUUGAACAAAUUGAGUAUAAGAAAUGUCUGACGAACCAGAAAAGGUGAUACAUCAAAAUAAUGAAAUAGAUUAUGGUGAUGUGACAGCAGAUGACGAUGAAGGCUCUGAUGGUGUCGUUGUGCCUGAACUUCAGGGAACUCUAUCAAAAUGGACUAAUUAUAUUCAUGGGUGGCAAACUCGUUUUAUUGUUUUGAAAGAUGGAACAUUAUCCUAUUACAAAUCUGAACAAGACAGUGGUUUUGGUUGUAGAGGUUCCAUCAGUCUUUACAAAGCAGAUAUAAAGGCUCACGAGUUUGAUGAUUGUAGAUUCGAUGUAUCUGUUAAUGAUUGUUUGGUGUGGUAUCUAAGAGCUAGUCAUCCAGAAGAAAGGCAACGUUGGGUAGACGUCUUAAAAUCGUACAAGGCCGAGUCGGGCUACGGGAGCGAGAACAGCCUAAAGCGCCACGGGAGUGCCAUUUCCCUGGUGUCCAACAGCCAGUCGACGGCGAGCGUGGGGAGCUUGAGCCGACGUGGAGCCCGGGGCCUGAGGGAAAAGCUCGCCGAGAUCGAGACCUUCAAGGACAUACUCGUCCAGCAGGUCGAUGGCCUCCAGAAGUACUUUGACGAGUGCGCGGCCGGCAAGCCCGAUAAGAGCGCGGCGGAUCGCGACGGCCAGCCGGAGUCGGCGGGUAGCAGCAGUAGCGGCGACAGCUGCGGCGACGGGAGCACGGCGCUCGAGCAGGCCAUCGACUUCAAGGGCGAGGCCAUCAGCUUCAAGGCGACCAGCGAGGGGGUCGUCGCCACCCUGCAGCACUGCGUCGAGUUGAUGCUGCAGCGCGAGGACGCCUGGCGCAAGCGCUGCGAACGGGAGAUGGACAAGAGGCGCAAGCUCCAAGAGAUCUGCAAGUCCCUCAAGGACCAGCUUACCGCGGCCAACCAGGGACUCAACGCUCGGCCUCGGCUGAUUAUCCGCGGUGGACCCGACUACGAGGAGGGGCCACACAGUGCGCUCUGCGAUGAGGAAUUCUACGACGCCGUGGAGACCGGCCUCGACAAGAUCGACGAGGAUAACCAGAUCAAGGACAGGCUCAAGCAAAAGUCCGUGGCGAUUCCCGCGACCCUCAACACCCCGGCUGUCAAACACCGGCUUUGGCCCGAGAUCGACAGGAUAACCCUUGAACAGCUGCACUGCGCGAGGUUGGGUGUCGGAGCUGGGGGCUGGCAGUUGUUUGCCGAGGACGGUGACAUGAGGAUGUACAGGCGGGAGGAGGAGGCUGACGGACUGGUGGUCGAUCCUCUCAAGGCGUGUCACGUGGUCAAGGGUGUCACCGGCCAGGAGGUUUGUAAGAUAUUCUUUAGUCCCGAGUACCGCAGCGGCUGGGAAACGACGUUGGAGGACAUGACCGUUAUUGAGAACGUGUCCAAAGAUACUUUGAUAUUUCUUCAAACUCACAAGAGAAUCUGGCCCGCGAGCCAGAGGGAUGCCCUCUUUUGGUCCCACAUACGCAAGGUACCCGAUGAACAGGAUUCGGACGCUCAGGACUUGUGGAUUGUCUGCAAUCAUAGUACCGAACACGCGGACUAUCCGACUGUUAGCGUAUUGCUUACUUUUUAA